AUGACCAGACAAUUGAUUCACGGAAGACAUCCAGUCCAUGGAACCGAAGUUCCUUACAGCAAAUAUGCCUCCCUCUUUUUCAACAUGAUCACUCAAUUCAUCCCUCUUGGUACCAUGCUCGCAAUGAGCCACUUUAAUGUUAACAUUCCUGCUCAAAUGUUGAUCUUACCACUAGUCUAUCUUAUUUGUGGUGGAAGAUGGACAUUGUGCUAUCACAAUUUACUUCACCAAGAAAAGUCAUUGAAUCCAAUUGUUGACCUCUUGCUUGGAGUUGGUUUCGGUCACUUGUUAACCUUCAAGCCAGGAAAAAUUGGCCACGAUUCUCAUCAUCAUUUCAAUUAUGGCCAAGAUAGCAGAAAGUACUCAAUGGACAUUGCACAAGAUUACUUGACACCAUCAGAUAUUCUCUACAGACAUAAGCAAAUCAUGCAAAGAGAUGCUGAUUAUUGGUGUAAAUCAUCACCAAAUCGUUGGGUAUUAUUCAUGAGAAGUUCACUCUUUGAUUUUAAUUAUAUCAGCUUUUAUUUGAAGAAGAAGAGAGACAUGAAGUGGAAGCAUGCUCCAAUGACCUUUGCUAGAUUGGUUUUGCUCUUGGCUCCAUUCUUGUUAAUGAAUCCUAUUGCUUAUUUAAUUCACUUGGUAAUGUGUAGACUUGUCAUGACUGUAAUUUUUAUGGUUUUCACAACAUUAGCUCAUGAAGAAGGAUGGUUCGAUUCAUUGGUUGACAACUUUUAUCCUUUCCAACAAACUGUGGAUAUUAAUCUUGUUCUUGAAAUUUUGAUUGGAUAUCACGUUCAUCAUGUCAAUGAGCAUGACAAUCAUCAUAUUUUCCCAAAGAGAGAUGUCAGCAUGUUGGAACAAAUUAGUAUCCCAAGAAGAAUGGUCAACUUGUUUGCAAAUUGUUUCACCAAGUUUGUCAAUUAUUCAUUCUCCAAAUUAAUGAAAAGAAAGUCAUCCUCUACAAAUUAUUCAACCAUUCCUCAACCAGUCGUUAUUUUCAAAGCAAUAUAG